CCGUACUAUGUCAUUUCCCACCAUUCUGAUUCCAGGUGAUCGAUCGGCCUAACAUCAUGCACGACGAGCGUCCGUUGGAGGCUCCUGCAGAGCAACCGAUGAUUGAUCUUACCGUUCAGAUGGAUGCUCCUGGCGACGUAGGCGCUCAUGACCAAGAACUGGGCCGUGACAGCUCCAAUGAGCUCAUCGACCUUACUGAAGACUCGACUACAACGUCACCAGAUCAAAAGUCGAGUCGAAAUCCAGGAGAAGGGCAGCAGGUUCCCGCGCUACAGCGCGCUCUUAAUCAAGCAAGCAAUGAUCUGGCGAAUUUUCGGGACAGCAACCGCCGGAUUCUAGAUGAACAAGAGGCAGCACUAACGUGUCCGAUCUCGUACGAGCUGUUCGAGAAUCCAGUAGUGACCGCGUGCUGUGGCAAAACCUUCUCGUCGGAAGCACUAACUGAAGUCCUCAGAUGGAACCCGCGAUGUCCUGUGUGUCGCACUCCUGGGGUACGGACUCAUGCGAGCCGCGAUAUGUCAAAUCUGGUUGAGCUGUAUCGGAAACAACGCUCUCUUCUGACCCAAGCUGAGGCAGAAGUGAAGUAAUCGACGGAGUCGGCAGAGCUUGCUAGCGAUCGACAGUCGUCCAGUAGUACGAGCUCGCGUCGUAGAGGCCGUGAAGAGCGUCGAAAUCAACGCGUACAUGCACGAUCUGCCGUCGCACGACCCCAGUCGACAAAUGCUGCGGCGACUGGUAUACCAGCUCCAGCAAGGGCAGACUGGCAGGAUGAAGAUAGUGAUGAUGACUGGCAGGAUGAGUAUCUGUGGUGGCUUCAAACCUGAACUUACCAAGGUCUCUGGAGCCAAAUGCCGACCCAACAACUCAUUUAUUCUUUUGAGUUCAAUGCAGGUGUCAAGCUGGAGGGUAGUUAGUGACGCUGGACGUCCAAAAUAAGGUUAUGCUAUGCACUUUGAAGUGCAAAAAGCUACUGCUUUCUCUCUACGUGGCUAUCACCACAGCAUGGGUGUUCUAAAACGCGACCAUGUCUGCACCUAGCUACCACGCGAAAAAACACGGGCAUACUUCCACUGCUUGCAGCAAGUGGCUAGCUGCCCAAAUGAAAUCACAGUGGACGCCUUCUGCGACUGCUAAUGUUCAAGAUGCUAGUGCCAUAGUACAACAACCUGAGCACAUUCUCCGAGGCGUCGUGUUGUCACUGCGUGGUUUCAGCUGUAUGCGGUACCAUUGUUUUGCAGCUUUAUAUUGUGUAAACAACGUGCUAGAACUUGAGAUAUCGAGCUAAGAUCACCUUCAUCAUCGAACGCAACGUACGGCUUGUAACAUUGCAUGAAUUGACACGGUGAGUUUACAAGUACCAGCCGAGCAUUC